AUGUACGGCAAACAAUCGGUUCGAGAUUUGCCCCUCUCUUCCUUAUCCCGUUUAUAUGAUCGGAGAGGAACUGCGCUUCAGGUUGGAAGCGGUGCGAUCAUGGCCGAGCGAGUCCAGCAGCCCCCAGCCAAGCGGCUCUGCUGCCGGCCCGGAUACAACCCGGUAUGCAGGCAGGGGCAGCGGGCUGGAGGAGUCCCGUGCGGCUCCGCUCCGGGAGCGUCCGGGAACGGGAAAACGCACAACCCCGAGUCGCUGCUCGAUAUCGCGGCGCGGAGAGUGGCGGAAAAGUGGCCGUUCCAGCGGGUGGAGGAGCGCUUCGAGCGGAUCCCGGAGCCUGUCCAGCGCAGGAUCGUUUACUGGUCAUUCCCGAGGAGUGAGAAGGAGAUCUGUAUGUACUCUUCUUUCAACGCCGGAGGAGAGGAAAGUGGAUCUAGCGGGGACAAUAAUGACGAGACCCAGCUGCCUUUUCUGCGGGGUGUCACUCUGCUGGAGGGCGGCUGGGUGGACAACGUAUUGCAAGUCGGCUUCCACCUGAGCGGCACGGUGACGGACCCCGCCACGCCUUCAUCCCCGGAACUCGUCUGCAGCGUCAGUGUCAGCUUUGACCGCUGCAAGAUCACCGCCGUAACGUGUACAUGCGGUAACAAGGACAUCUUCUACUGCGCCCAUGUGGUGGCGCUGUCGCUUUACAGGGUACGCAAGCCUGAGCAGGUCAAGCUGCACCUGCCCAUCUCGGAAACCCUGUUCCAGAUGAGCAGAGACCAGCUGCAGAAGUUUGUCCAGUACCUGAUAUCGGUCCACCACACUGAGGUGUUGCCCACAGCACAGAAACUGGCUGAUGAGAUCCUGUCCCAGAACUCGGAGAUCAACCAGGUCCACGGGGCACCGGACCCUACAGCGGGAGCCAGCGUGGACGACGAGAACUGCUGGCACCUGGACGAGGAGCAGGUUCAGGAGCAAGUCAAGCUUUUCCUGUCCCAGGGAGGCUACCACGGCUCAGGAAAGCAACUCAACCUCCUCUUUAGCAAGGUGAGGGAGAUGCUGAAGAUGCGUGACUCCAACGGAGCGAGGAUGUUAACACUGAUCACGGAGCAGUUCAUGGCCGACCCUCGGCUGGCGCUGUGGAGACAGCAGGGCACCACCAUGACCGACAAGUACAGACAGCUCUGGGAUGAGCUUGGUGCCCUGUGGAUGUGCAUCGUGCUGAACCCCCACUGCAAACCGGAGCAGAAGUCGUCGUGGCUGCGGCAGCUGCGGCGAUGGAACAGUGUGGACGUCUGCCCCUGGGAGGACGGCAACCACAUCAACGAGCUGCCCAAUCUUACCCAUUCCCUGCCCCAGGGCGCCCACGGUAAUCAAGAGAUGCGCCCCCACAGGACUGUUUUCACGCGAGCCAUCGAGGCCUGCGACCUGCACUGGCAGGACCGACACCUCCAGCACAUCAUCGCCAGUGACCUCUAUGCCAACUACUGUUACCAUGACAACCAGGAGGGCUCCCUCUUUGACUCACGCGGCUGGCCUUUGUGGCAUGAACACGUCCCUACGGCCUGCGCACGGGUUGACGCCCUGCGAUCACACGGUUACCCUAGAGAAGCCCUCCGUCUGGCCAUCGCUGUGGUGAACACGCUACGGAGGCAGCAGCAGAGGCAGCUUGAGCAUUUUCGGCGACACAAAAAAGAUUUGCUCCUUAAAGGUCAUACAUCCAUAACCAACAUGGAGGGCUGGGUGGGACACCCUCUGGACCCUAUUGGUACCCUGUUCAGCACCCUGACAGAGUCAGGAAGAGCGGGUGAAGAAGGCUCCAACACCUGCUUAGACCUCUCAGACUGCUCCAGCAUUGUGAGCCGAGCAGAACUUCAGCGGAUGCCUGUGCAGCGACUGCUGGGGGACGGUGAGUCGUACAUGGCGCUGGCGGUUGAGACGGCUCUGAUCGGCCUGGGCCAGCAGAGAGUGAUGCCGGACGGGCUGUAUGCUCAGGAAAAGGUGUGUCGCAAUGAGGAGCAGCUGUUGGCCAAGCUGCAGGAAGUGGAACUGGACGACUCCCUGGUCAAAAUCUUCCGUAAACAGGCCGUUAUUCUGCUGGAGGCUGGUCCCUACUCUGGCCUCGGAGAGAUCGUCCACCGAGAGAGCGUCCCCAUGCACACCUUCGCUCGCUAUCUCUUCACCUCUCUGCUACCUCACGACGCUGAACUGGCGUACAAAAUUGCACUGAGAGCCAUGCGGUUGCCUGUGUUGGAGUCCACGGCAUCAUCCAGUGACCUCUCACGACCUCACCACAUUGUGUCUGUAGUUCCAAACCGCUACCCGCGCUGGUUCACGCUGAGCCACAUAGAGUCUCAGCAGUGUGAGCUGGCCUCCACCAUGCUCACUGCGGCUAAAGGUGACAGUCGCAGAUUAGAGACAGUCUUGGAGUCCAUCCAGAAAAACAUUCACUCCUCGUCUCACAUCUUCAAACUGGCACAGGACGCCUUUAAGAUCGCCACUCUCAUGGACAGCCUGCCGGACAUCACUCUUCUCAAAGUUUCUCUGGAGCUUGGCCUGCAGGUCAUGAGAAUAACUCUGUCCACAUUAAACUGGAGGAGGAGAGAGAUGGUUCGCUGGUUAGUCACAUGUGCCACUGAAGUUGGUGUGUAUGCACUGGACAGCAUCAUGCAGAGCUGGUUCACCCUCUUCACCCCCACAGAAGCCACCAGUAUCGUGGCCACCACCGUUAUGUCCAACAGCACCAUAGUUCGCCUGCACCUGGACUGCCACCAGCAGGAGAACCUGGCCUCCUCCGCCCGCACGCUCGCCCUGCAGUGCGCUAUGAAGGACCCUCAGAACUGCGCCCUCUCUGCUCUCACGCUCUGCGAAAAGGACCACAUUGCCUUCGAGACAGCUUACCAGAUUGUACUGGACGCUGCAGCAACGGGAAUGAGCUACACGCAGCUGUUCACCAUUGCACGCUACAUGGAACACCGUGGCUACCCGAUGCGGGCGUACAAGCUCGCGACGUUAGCUAUGGCUCACCUGAACCUCAGCUACAACCAGGACACACACCCCGCCAUUAAUGACGUCCUGUGGGCCUGCGCACUCAGUCACUCGCUGGGCAAGAACGAACUGGCCGCCGUCAUCCCCUUGGUGGUUAAAAGCGUUAAGUGCGCCACCGUGCUGUCUGACAUUUUGCGGCGGUGCACACUGACCACCCCCGGGAUGGUGUCGGCGCUGCACAGCCGCAGGAACUCUGGGAAGCUGAUGUCUUUGGACAAAGCGCCGCUCAGGCAGCUGUUGGACGCUACCAUUGGGGCCUACAUUAACACCACGCACUCGAGGCUCACGCACAUCAGCCCGCGGCACUACAGCGAGUUCAUCGAGUUCCUGGGGAAGGCCAGGGAGACUUUUAUGAUGGCUCACGACGGACACAUCCAGUUCACCCAGUUCAUAGACAACCUGAAACAGAUUUACAAGGGCAAAAAGAAACUGAUGAUGCUAGUGCGGGAGCGAUUCGGCUGAGGGCGAGGCUCCUCUUCCACUCUAGUACUUUUCUAUUAACUUGAGUCUGCCUUUUGAACUUUUUUUGGACUAAUGGACAGGUAAGAGGGAUGUGACUUGUAGAAUGAAGCAAAACCAGAACGGAAAAGAGGAGAAAAAAAUCCAGAGCCACAUGCGGUAUUAUUGUUCUUGCUGUUGUUAUUGUUAUAAACAUUAUUGCUAUUAUUAUUAUUAUUACUAUGAUUAAUAUUAUUACUACUAUGUGUACAGAAGCAUUUUUAUUUUUAAGAAGAGAGGAAAUUUGUCACAUUGUGAAUGUUGUGCGUACUUCUCUACAUGUGUGCGAGAUGAAAAUGAAACGUGAAAUGGCUUUUUUUGUUUGUUUUCUAUAUUUUUAUGAUUUUUUUUUUUCAAACAUUUUCCCCCCCCACUAUCAAUGUAUGUUGAGUUUUACUUUAAUGAGUGGCUGAAGCCUUUGUACAAUAACGCUCAUGUUUAAAAAAAAAAAAAAAAGAAGAAGAAAAAAAAGACCAAUUUCAACGUCUCUGUAUCCUCAAAGAGAAACUAAGGCUUUAAAAUUACACAGAGCACCUCCCUAUGGUCUAGGCCCUAGCUGAUGGGCACUGGGCAGCAUUGCACAGCUUAGCUCGGCUCGACACAGCUUGGGUUAGCACUGAUAUAAAAAAGGCGCCAUCAGCAUUUCCUCACUCAUAGCAGCAGCACUUGAGCUUUCUCUGGGUCGCUCUAUACAACAACACUCUUAACUAAAUCUUGUUGUUAGUGUCAUUAUUAUUUUUGUUAUCCAAUUUUACCCACCCGAUCUCAGUCGGAGGAGCUGUAGUGAUGACACGUCAAAAAAGCAAAGUAUUACUUCUACAUUAAAGUUGAUGUAGAGCAGCUGGAGCUCUUUACCACUUGAAGCAGAACUGAUUAUUUCGGCCUUUCAGGAGUAUUUAUGCCGCUUAAACUCUGUACUUGGUGUCAAUUAAACCACAAACAUAAAUGGAUGUUAUGAAGUAUUUAAAAGUCUGACAUUUAUAUCCAUGCAUCACCCCCUAAAAGAUCAUCUUUGUUCUGCUGGGAUGUUGGUUCAACCUCCACCCUGGUUUUAACUUUAUUGCAGCGUCCAACAGCUUUUCUCCCAACAUUUGGCUCAGUCCAUCAGUCUCUGUCUCAUUUGACCUGAGGACCUUCCUCCACUUGUUUUGGAAUCUGUAAAAUGAGACUUCUUAUUGCGCUUUUUAAGCUCGACUUACUUCUCGGCCCUUUCCCUUAAAACGAUAAUUGUCGAUUGCACAAUUAGGGUUGGGGUCAGCUUUAUUAAUAUGUAACAUAGAAAAAAUAUGUUGCACUACACUAAUCAGACACAUGAGUACUAAAACCUUAAGCCAAGAUGCAACAGUGAAAUUGAAACAGUGAAUUGUGAUUUUUUUCCCAUAAUGAUGUUGCUGACAUCCUCUUAGAUGCUGUUUGUGCACUGAUGCUCUCUAGGCCUAACAGAGUAAAGGGGGCUGAACACAUGAUGCAUGCCACACUUUUAAGACUUCAAAUCAGUACUUAUGUAAGGGGCUCCAUUACAUAUUUCACGUCAGAAAUUCCUGGGGGGGUGACUACCUCAUCAUUCGCUAUUGAACAUGCUCCCAGUUGUUGCUUUUAUGAUAUUUAGUGAUUAUGAUAGCUGACAGUGUUAAUUAAAAAGUUCUUCAGAUCCAAUCUAGAAUGGAAACAAAGUGUCAGACUCCUCCUUAAGGUCCUUUCUAUGCUCUGCCCCCCCUCCGUCAUACUCGCAUCAGUCACUGCAAGGUUGUUGUUUUGUUUUUUUUUCAACCCUGGCCAGUGUCAUUUUCUUCUGUGCAUGUGAAUCACGGACAUUCAGACUGUCUACUGUUAUAUUUUGUCACAUGGAACAUUCAGCAACCGGAACGUUCUCAGGGAUUUCUCUACGCAGGAAAAAAAAAAAACGAAAAAAGAAAACAGUGGAACAAAACGAGCGUCUCACUUCGCCGAUGAAAGAGAUGGAAAAAAAAAAAAAAGAACAGAAACACAAAACGACAUGAGCAAGCAUUUAUUGUACUCUGUAUAUAUGCCAUAAUAUAUGUCUGAAUAUGGAGGAUCUGAAAGUAUAUGUUAACUAAUUUAUACAGAGUAUUCUAUGUAAUGUGAAAUACUUGAAACCGCUGUAGUUUGCUCUCUGGCUCUCCAUCUCUUUCUCUCUUUUUUUGUCUUCUUGUUUUUUCCCUCUUCUGUUCAAAGCGACAUAUCCGAAAGACUAGCAUGAUCUUCUUGAAGAUAUUAUUUUGAAAAAGCCGUCACAUUUGAGACCUUAGAUUUCGGUCAGAAAUUGAGGACGAUUCUUGGAGAAGAUGACUGUGCUUCAUUCCUGCUGAUUGAGGGAGGAAUCUACUUCAGGUUACUGGUCAGCAAAACACAAUUUCCUAAGAUACUGAUUUAUCUCAGUUAUCAGGAAUAUCUGCUAUGAAAUCCUGUUGGAAAACCUUGAAGUUACUUUUGGGGAAUCUGGUUUAAAAUGUUUUUUCUCCAGCCUUUUUAUGCAUUUCACAAAGUUUACCAACUGCAUUUCCUCUCAUUUUGCAAAAAUUAUGACCGCUGCCAGUGGAGUUUCAGCAUAAGAGUAAGGAAAAUAAUUCUUUUUUGCAAUCACACACAGGUUCAGAGCUCCAGUAUCACAAAUCUUGCUUUGGGAACGUGAGUCUCCUCAGUUUGUCCUUCAGGCACUGCAGAAUUUCCAGGAUCUCCUCUUCGAAGUCCAACGCUUCUGUUUCAUCAUUAGUAGCUUUUUUUUUUUUUUUUUUUUUUAACCAAACUUCUGA